GGGAAACAAAGGGGAGAAAAUUAAACCACAGUAAAAAGCCAUGGAAGUUAUUAGUGGAAGUUUUAGCCCUAUGAUUAUUAUUGUAUUAGCUUUGAGCUUUGCAAUAUUAAUCAUCUCCCACUCUCUUCUUAAACUCUUUGUGAUUACUACUUCAACACCAAACCCUAAUUUGCCUCCUGGUUGCAUGGGUUUCCCCUUUGUUGGAGAAACUCUCAGCUUCCUCAAGCCUCACCAUUCUAACUCAAUUGGAACCUUCCUUCAACACCAUUGCUCCAGGUAUGGGAAGGUUUUCAAAUCUCAUCUAUUUGGUUGGCCGGCGAUAGUGUCAUGUGAUCGAGAGCUUAACAUCUUCAUUCUUCAGAACGACGAUAAGCUUUUCAAAGUAAGUUAUCCCAAGGCCAUGCAUGGCAUUCUUGGAAGCAAUUCUUUGAUUAUCGCCGCCGGCCACACCCACCGGAAGCUCAGAAACGUCGUCGUUAGCUUCACCAGCUGGUGCAAAUCCAGACCCACUUUCCUUCACUCCCUCCACAGUCUCUCUAUCUCUUUAAUGGACUCUUGGAGAUCCCAAACCCAGCUCCUUUUCUGCAAACAAGUGAAACUGUUUGCUUUAAGCGUCAUGGUGAAGGAACUAUUUGGCAUCGAAGCAAAGGAGUCGAUAGGGUCAAAGAUAUUGAAAGAGUUUGAAACGUAUAUGAAAGGCUUUGUUUCUUUGCCUUUAAAACUCCCGGGAACUCCCUACUCCAAGGCUGUCAAGGCUAGAGAGAGACUUUCUUACAUUGUGAAAGAGAUGAUGAGAGAGAGGAGAAGGAGGGGAUUAUUGGAAGGGAAUGAUGAGGAUUUUCUACAAGUGAUAAUGUCAAAUUGGAAGCUUAGUGAUGAAGAAAUUGUGAGUGUUGUAUUGGACAUAUUGCUUGGAGGUUAUGAGACAACAGCUACCCUUAUGGGAUUGAUUAUCUAUUUUCUCUCACAUUCACCUCCUAAUGUUCUUGCAAAACUAAAGGAAGAACAUCAAGCAAUAAGAUUUGGAAAAAGGAAUGGAGAAUGUCUCAAUUUGGAAGAUUAUAAGCAAAUGGAGUUCACAUGCAAUGUGAUAUUUGAAGCCAUGAGAUGUGGGAAUGUGGUGAAGUUUUUACAUAGGGAAGCUCUUACAGAUGUCAAAUUCAAAGAUAUUGUCAUACCAUGUGGAUGGAAAGUUCAUCCAGUUUUCUCAGCAAUUCAUCUUGAUCCAACCAUUCAUCCAAAUCCUCAACAUUUUAACCCUUGGAGAUGGACUGAUGAUAAAGACAUGAGCAAAAAAGUGACACCAUUUGGUGGAGGGCCAAGACUUUGUCCAGGGAUUGAGCUUGCCAAACUAGAGAUUGCUUUUUUCCUCCAUCAUUUUGUCCUUAACUAUAGGUGGAAGACAAGAGAAGAUGAAUGUCCACUAGCUUACCCAUAUGUUAAGUUUAAAAGAGACUUGGUCCUUGAGAUUGAGCCCUUGCAGCUCCUAAAGUGAACAAUAUUUGUGUUGUAAGAUAUGUCCAAGGACUGAUUAAUUAAGGGAACUUUAUUGUGAAUUAAAUUACCAUAUGUUCUAAGCUUAUGUAAAAUGAAUGUCCACUAGCUUACACACAAAGCAUGCAUGUAUGUACUUUCGACCCAUGUACGGUGUACUAUAUUCGCAAAUAUAUAUGUCAAAUUAUUAUUUACUGACUAA